UCCAUGUUUACGGAAGAGGCCAUUCAUCCAUGCAUUCAACCCAUUCCGUACAACCGCUGCUAAAUUAACAUUUUAAAAGGCUUUAUUUUGGAUUUGGUCUUAGUUUCGUCAUAGAUAGGUAAAGUAACAGUCAUGUGGGACCAUGAAAUCAGAGCCAUGGCGUCCACGCACGCCGUCAUCGCCGCUUCGGUGUUCAUGGCGACCGUCGUACCUGCGGUGUUCGUGCAGGGUUUCUCGGUGUAUGGGACUCACCUGCUGUGGCUCUACUCCGUGUCCGGUACAGUGACCGCAGUCAGUGUCGCCGUUUUCUGGCUGCUCGGUAUCACACCGCCCACCAAGAAGCACACGCUGGGAUACAAGCUGUCCAGGUUGUUCCGUUCCUGUCUGUACUUCUUCCUGUCGUGCCUGUUCUUUCACACUGUGGUGGUUCUUUAUGGAGCUCCACUGAUUGAAUCUGCCUUAGAGACGUUCUCCCUGGCUGUGCUGCUGACCUCUCUAACCACAUUGAGGUGUCUCUGUGUCCUUGGGCCCAACGUCCAGGCCUGGAUACGAGUGUUCAGUCGGCAUGGAGCUAUGUCUGUGUGGGACACCUGCCUCCAGAUUACGGUCACCUGCACAGUGGUAGGAGCCUGGGUUGGAGCCUUCCCUCUACCUCUGGACUGGGACAGGCCGUGGCAGGUUUGGCCUGUUUCCUGCAGUCUGGGCGCCAUGAUUGGCUUCCUGACCGGCCUUGUUGCUGCUCCCGCUUGGAUCCACUAUCAUCGCAAACAGCUCACUUACAAGUGCAAGUGAUAGAACAGACACAUGUUUGUAUGCCCGUGUGAGUGUUCCUGUUGAGUUCGUUUAAGUUUUUACUCAUUAUUUAUUGGGUAUGUUCAGUCUGUGCGCAGCCUGUAGGAAAGAUGAUUUUGUAAUAACAGCAAUAAGACUUAAGAUUAUUUUGUACAUCUGAAGGCUGAAUCUGCUCCUGAAGAUUUUUGACAUGAAUAAAAUAUUACUUCUGCAACA